AUGCCUUCCAGCAACAGGACCAUGAAGAACCUCACAGCACUUACUCUGAAACCUCCAAAUAGAGCUAUCGCGAUGCGUCUGUUCAAACGUCAGGCCUCUGAUACCAGUCCUCAGUUAGUUUCCGCCACGCCAAUAUCUCAGGAUGGAAAUGCUUCUCUGGCCGCCGUUGAUGAAAAUUCCGAACAUAUUAAAAAGAAGUUUUACAAUGAGAACGAUGGCGUGGGACAAGCGGCCGUCAAAGAAAAUGCUGGUGACUCUCAGAAACCGCCAUCUUCUCAGUCCUGCGUGACCAAUCGUAAAGGAAUUUCGACAUGGGGAAGGAAAGUAGGUCGAAGAUGGGAUCAGCUGAAGAGAUCGGAUAGUUCGGAGUUGCUUUCGGUUUCGGGCCGAAGAAGACGAUGGAGUCCGAAUCGGAAAAGUUGCGGCGACCCAACGGACGAGAACGAAAAGAGUGCCAGCGCAUCGCCAGAGUUACCAAAGCCAAAGAGAAUCUCCAGAGUCGAAUCGUUGCGAAACUUGUUCAGAAGCGCUGAAAAGAACAACAACUUCCUAAGCGGCGACAUAUCCACGAGAAACGUAACGAUCCAAGAGGAAGAUGUCAGCAUCAAUCAUUAUACAAUGGAGAAAACCCUGAGCGACGGCGCUAUAAAAAAUGUACCAUUUCGGGUCACCGUCGACGAUUGUCAACUAGGUCGCGGUUCUCUUCUGCACGAGAAGAAGAAACGGAUCAGUCGCAGCAUUCAGGACCUCCAGGAGCAACAACGCGUCCUUGAUUACAUUCUUAAGAACCAGGGUAUGUUAAAGACGCAAGAGGGAUCCGAAUUUGCCAGGGAAACGUUGGACAACGUUAGAAGAAGCACGAGUCCAAAACAACGAGCCAAUCGGUCCACAACCGACGGCACAAAAAACAGCGUGUCGACGCAGACGAAAGACUUUCUUAGCAGUCAGUUGAGUAAUAUUAAGAAGAACCUUUUCAGCACUCGUGCGAGUGCCAACGAAUGUGAUAGAACCGAUGCCCACAGAUCUUGCCCAGCAACAGGUUUAGAAGACCUGAUGAACGGCCUGCGAUUAGGCUGCGACGAGAGUGGCUACGAUUCCGAUAGCACACGAGCUGGAGCCGACUCUCCAGACAGCGAGAACUCCGUGCCAGCGAUGCUGAAACCUCGGAGUUUCUCCAUAACGUCCGACGAUUACCAUGGAAUCGAUUUGUCGCUACCAGUGAGCCCCCCGAAGAAGUCGGACGCGACGACGGUAGCCGAGGAAACCGAGGUGCAACCUUCCUGCGUCGACGAGACCCUCGUUAUGGAGAACAGCCUGUUAAACGAGUCCGUGAGCACGGUCACGACUGUCCUAAUAUCCGAUGGGGACGAGACCGACAGCUGCGACGAGGAUACCUUCGCAGGGUUCCCAGAGUUCCAUUGCGUCGCCGACUACGUGAAAUCUGACUUGAACACCUUGCCAAAGUGCAAUACAAUUGCUUCGAAAGGAUCCACGGUGGGACCAAAUUCACCAAACUUAGGCGCGUCGAGGACAUUCAGUAGUUCCACGAACAAUAUACUCUCUAGGAUACCAGAGAAAAGGUGUAUCCCCAAACCGGACAGAAUAGUGCCGUUGUCGCAAGCGGUGAAGUUGCAGAAUCUCCAGAAGGAGACCAGGUCUCACAUACCGUUGAAAUCUCGGAAACACACCAACAUCUCCCCAAGCGGAGUGAAUUUAUUAGAGAACGCCUCAUCCCCGUGCAAAGACAGUCCACCAGCGUUGAAGAUCAACUCGACGAUCACGAACAUCCCGCUGCAAUACUACAGUCCGAAGAGGUCGCGAUCCAAGUUGGAGCCGGAGGGUCCUGACACCGUGAACCCUAAGACCAAGAUCAAGAAAUCCACUCAGACGACGAAGAUAGGACAUCUACCGCCUCCCCCGACGCCAGUUAAGAGCUUGAUCCGCCGGGAGCUGAAGACGAUGAAGUUGUUCGUGGAGAAACUCGGAAAUCUCGGUAUUUCCGUGGAGAGGCGAGAGGCUGCCAGGCCUUUCUACGUGAUCUCAAAGAUGGACGCGAACGGAGAAGCGUGCAGGUCUAAGCAAUUUCGAAUUGGCGAUGAGAUUGUUCGCGUUUGCGGGCGCAGGUUGCGCGGAUUGUCGAUCGUGGAGGCCAGGAACGCUCUGAAGAGCUGUUUCGGAUCCGUCGAGUUGCAGAUAGCUAGGGAGCCGACGUUCACCUUCGGUGAGGAGCUUGGCGACACUUGGAGCGACACGUGGGGAGACAUAUUGGUCCGUACUCGAAGCGACUCCGCGGUAUGGACGUUGAAGGAGGAGAAGACGGAUGUUCCAGCUUCCGUUGACGCUGUCGAGCGACUGGCGGACCCGUCCAAAUGCGAAGUGGUCGGAGCGCUGACCAAGGACGGGAACUACGUGUCCGCUGAACGUAUGGAGAACGACAGCGAGUCCAAUACGAAAAAGGAGUCCGACCAGAAGAUGACUGGCAUGAGGAAAUUCUACGUGGUGAGAAAACGCGACACGAAUCCGGUCUCGAAUCCACGAAGGGCGACUAGUCUCUCGAUGGAUCUGCUGACGAUUACUCUGGAAAAGGGCGCCUCGAAAAAGUGGGGCUUCUCGAUCGUUGGUGGAUCGGACAGCAACAAAGGAUCGAUGGGUAUCUUCGUGAAGGACAUCAUGGCUGGUGGUCAGGCAGCUGAGGAUGGCACUCUGAAAGUGGGAGAUGAAAUUCUGGCGAUCAAUGGAGUGUCGAUGAGCGGACUGACGCACGCUAAGGCUUUGCAGACGUUUAAGGCUGCCAAGGCUGGGAAAAUGAUCCUUCACGUGGGUCGGAGGGACCCGACGCAUAAACGAUACAUCGUUCAAUCGAAGUCGUACGAUUGCUUGGACAAGUUAACAGAAAUCGGAGUCGAAUGAAAAGCAAGAAAAACCGGAUAAUCAAAUUUUCCAGUCAAUGUAAAGUUGCACUGCCUUCGUUCCGUUAUAACGCGCGAAUCGAAUGUUUAUUAGUCGCAGAGAUUAUUUUCUCAUAACCACGAGGAAGGGGAUGAUCUAUAUGUAUAUAUUUUCGUAUAUAAAUUGAAGCACGUUGUUUACGAUUCACGAUCGCUACUAUAGACUUUACAUAAUUAAUCAUCAGCAAUUGCAAUACCAGAAGGACUUAUUCUUUUUUUCAUCGUGAACUCGUUUUCUUCGCUAGGAUCAAUGAAACGUUCAUAGAAUUUUACUAGCAGUGUUUCGUAAUCAACAUGCACGUUACUUUCUGUAUAAUGAUGUCGUUCGAAUUGACAUAUUUUCCUUAAGGCAGUAAUUGUGAUAUCGGUUGACUAUUUUUAUUAAAGAGCGAUCUACGAUUUAAGUAUUUCUUCAAUUAUUGCUUCAAACUAAUGAGAUUAAUUAUUUCGCGAGCAACGGCUAAAAGUUCCAUUUAAAAACUGAGAUUCUCGAUGAUUAAUUAGUUGGUGUAGUUAAUUUGCUUAAAAAACUAAAGCUAAAUUAAAUUAAUAUAAAAUUAAUGGGUUUAAUUGAUUGCAAUAUAUGUAUAAUUAGACAUUUAAAAAUAUAUGUGUUUCGAUGGUUGUUGUAUUUGGCGUAAAUAGCGUAAAUAUAAUUGAAUGUCUUCAGUUUUUAUGUGGAAAGAAUCGUUAACUUCGAUGUAUCGUGUUCUUUCGUAAGGAAAUCGUAAUUGUAACAAAUAUAACGAAAUUGUAUAUAGUCAUAUCCCGUUAGAUGUAGAAUGCUAACACGUUGGAUGAUGGCUGCUUAAUUCUCAUCAUUAGUGUAGCCCAGAUUUAACAUAUGUUUCGCGUCGAAACAUAUUUCUGUUUAAUAUGAGCUACACGUCGACUCGGAAUGAUGACGAUUAACUGGGAUGAGUACUCACAAUUUACUCACUACUCAAUUAGACGUAAGCGUAACGAUUAGCCGAUUAAUAUGUUUAAGCUACUGAGACUGACAUUCAGAAUGUCUACCUGAGAAAAGCUGUGAUAUUCAUUGUAGUCGCAUUAGCUGGUAUCGUACAAACUGUAUUUAAAAUAAACCUGGUUUUGUUAAUAAAUCUAUGUACAUGGUUAAUUCGCUUAACAACGCGAAAUUUUCCUAUUAACAUUAACGUUUAAGCGCUGUUCUUUUUGGAAACGUUGGCAAUAUACAAACAUUUAAACUACGAUGGCGGGAAACGUUUAGUGUUUCAAAUGAGAAGGUUAAAGUGAAAAUGUAAAAAUUGUGCUAUCAUUUUAGAAUGUAUAUUCGGAAAACGAAUAUGAUAGUAAAUUGAUUUCGUGUCAAUGUUAAAAUAUUUUCAGAUUUUAAACAUUCAAUAGCAUUCUACUAUGUUUAUUAAUGUCCUCGAGAUUAGGUUUUAUAAGCUUGUCAUUUUAUUUAAUACAUUUCAUACGGUAUAUGAUACUUCAAUCUUGUAUUUUUAUAUAAUAAUUUUAAAUUUUUGUUUCUUAAAUAUGGAAAACAUACAUUGGAAGAGACUCAAAUUAUUAUACAUUUACAGGCAAAUGAUUUACAUUCGUACAUUUUAUUAAAUUCUAAAGUUCGUCGAUGAAUGUGCUUCGUGUAUAAGUUUAUUUUUCACGACAAAUUUAUAGAUGUGAUUAAGCAUAAGAUCAACAAUUCGUUCGAUAAAUAUAUACUCAUACAAAAAUUAACUCAAUUAUUGUAACUUCAAUUUAAAAAAUUGCAAUUGACACAAAAGAAUCGAUAAUAAUUAAACUGUGGAUCUUCAUGCAAAUUCAUAGUUUCACAGAUACAUGUAAUCUAAUAAAAAAAUUUAUGUUUAAAUGGAAGCACGUCUUGUCUUCUAAACGAUGCAACAUGUAUAUUAUUGUUGAUAUUUUAUAUAUUUUUGCAUUUACAAACAUUCGCAUAUGUAUUCUUAUAUUUCGACUUGCCAUUAAUCCAUAAACAUCCACAGUCUAAUAAAAAUUGAUAAACGCGAAUGGUUCGAUGUGUCUGAUCUCACAUUUUAAGCAUUUAAAUAUUCAUCACAUUACAAAAUACAUAUUUACAUUGUAAGGUAUUACGCUAUAUAAUUACAGAAUCUUUUGCAAUACGAUUACAAAAAUGAUUAUCUUCGCUUGUCAUUGGCAAGGCGUUAUUUUUUGCUGAAGAUUUCAGGAUACAUAUACUGGAGAGCAGUAGAGAUUGUCCUUGGAUGGAAUUCAGAUUUUUUAAACAGAAUAUCUAAAACCAGUUAUGGACAUCAUUCAAGGAUAUAUAAUAUAAGUAGUAGGUGUAUUGUUUCUUUUGUUUGCAAGAAGAAUGUUAUUUGAUUACGACAUUAUAACAAGAAUAUGCUUUCCGACAUAGUAUUACAAGCAAUAUAAAUACAAAAUUCAAAAUGAAUAAUAAAUUAACCUUACAAAUUUGUUUCAAACGAAUAAAGCAAAUAAAAUUGUUGCAAAAUGAAG